AUCAAGUUAGCUAGCCACUAGCUUUCCCACUCACUCUUAACGGAUAACAUCAAUGGCCUCCGCCUCUAACGUCUCUCCCGCCGCCGCAUCUAUUACACACUAAUCUCUUCAUCUCUCCUCCAAACUCCCCUUCCCUAACCUUCCCCAUAGACCAAUUCCCAAAAACAGCAGACCACCAACCACAGGACUCCACGUGUGCUCUCCCACCAACAAAACCCUCUCCAUCGCUGCCAACCCCAAGGAAGAAACCAUCUUCUUCGACGGCCGGCGGAGUCCACUGUGGCGGCCUCAUUGCAAACCUAUUUCUGGGCUUCACUCUCCUUCGGCCGCCGUUAACUCUGGCCGCUGUGUCAAGGGCUUUUUACUUGAGAUACAGCUUCAAAAACCUUUGGGUGACGGUUACAUCCGGCCUGACGGGUCAGGACUGGAGCGAUUUCUCUUGCAAUGUGAUCAAGGACGUGCAAGUGGUGCCGCGGUUUGUGGGUGAGUAGAGCGAUAUUGUCAUUACAUUGAAGGAUAGAACCGAGGUUGAAUUUAGGAAUCUGCCCAAGUUCAGAGAAAUUGCGAAGUACUGUUUAUCCAUGGCUGAGAAGCCUGUGGCUUUAAGGAAGCUGGACCUAAAGGGUUUUAGGUCAAUUCUUUUCUUGAGAAGGUAUGUAAAGUUUUUCCCCUUUUUUUUUAACACAUUUAUAUUCUUAUUGUGAAAAUAAUGAUUUCAAAGUAAAUUCGUUCAUGUUUGUGUGGAAUUGUUGGAAUAGGGUGAGAGUUUGUUUGCAACUAGUUGGAAUUUCCCGUUACUAUUCAUAGUGAAAUUUGUUAGAUAUCUGAGAUGGUGAUGGCUUUUGGCAACAUUUUUAAAAAAUUAGUGGCAUUACUGUUGUUAUUUGUAGUUUUUACCUAUAGAUGGCUUUCUGGUUCUAUAGAUGCAAGGAACAAAAGGAUCUUAUGUAUUAAUGUAUGGAACUGGGAGAGAGAUAAUGUGAACUUUUAGCUAUCCUUUGGGGAAUUUCCUUUCAUGAAAUGGAGAAUGUAAUAGUUAACUGAUAACAUGAAAAGUAAAUGUCUGUGGCAGAGAAAUGGUUAUCCGCCGUCCAUGUUUUUUGGGAAUUAUUUGCUAUUUGAUAAAAUUCUCCAAAUGUAAGGUGAAAACAAAAGCUGCAUUUGCGUUUAUCAUCUUGAUCUUGUUUGCUAGAAUUUGAACCAUUUAUAAGAGUGCAAAUCAUGCUUACCGGAUGCAAGGUCUGAGUUUCUAACUUUAGAUUAAGCAGUUUGAGUUACAUGCAGGUCUCUUUCAUUUAGAGUGAGCUGAUAUGAAGUUUAGAGCAAAGAAAGUGCAAUUAAAGUACCUGAUUAGUUUCUCUAGCGUGUUCCAUGUCAUAGACAUACUUUUAAGGCCAAAGGGAAAAAGGCAUUUAUGUUGUAGACAUAUUUCUUUUUAUUAGAAUGACCGCAGAUGGAGCCUAUAGUUGAUAUGAAUUGAUUUGAACAAGAGAGUUGUUUCAGUUAGGAAUUUCAAGCGUUGGUUGAGUAGAAGAAAACAAAAAUGAUUUGGAGAUGUUAUCGGUGUGAUGACAGCCGUGUUAAAACAAGUAGAAAAUGGAAGAAACUGGAGAUCUUAAA